AGUGCUGCUCCAUCCAUUCUGUUUAAUUCGGGGAACAACACACAACCAACGCGCUAUUUUGCCCCUCCCCCUCAUUUCAUUUCCGUUGUUUAUUCCUCCGUCCAUCCAUCCAUUGGGGUCUAUUUUCUUUUUUUCCGUAGCCCGAUUCUCGUCUCAUCCGUCGUUUCACUUCAUUUAAUAUCGAGACCAACAACAAUAACAACGACAUACAACAAACAAACUCACGAUAUAGUCUCGCCACCACCACCCAACCCCAACACGACUCCGCCAUACAAACCUCCAGUCCAUAAACACCAAAGCCAAACAAAACACAGCCAAAAUGGUCACCACCCGCGCCUCCUCCUCCCGCGCCGCCAGCGUCGAGCCCUCCUUCGCUUCCUCCCUCCCCCCCGCAACCCCCUCCGCCAAACGCAUCGCCAGAUCCAAAUCCAACAAAUCCUCAUCCUCCUCCGCCUCAGCAUUCAGCCAUGCCCCCACCACCGCAACCCUCGUCUGGCUCGCCGUCUCCCUGCCCCUCGUCAUCUGGGACACCGGCUACGUCCUCCUGCGGCCGCUCUCCAUGCCCGGCGGCUCCCUCCACUGGCCCGUCUGGGCGCCCUACAAGCUCUACGGCGAGGUCGACCACAUCUACGGCUGGAAGGCCUUCCACGCCGGCAACGGCUUCACCAGCGCCCAGGGCCUGCUCAACGCCAUCGAGACGCUCAUGUAUCUGUGGUAUCUUGCCGCCUGGCUCUUUAGCAGCAAGACCGAGGGGGGUGCUAGAGUCCUGUCUGGCAGAGGCGGCGCCAGGGCUACGCUGUUUGGCUACGCCGCUGCUGUCAUGACGCUUAGCAAGACGGUUCUGUACUGGGCAAACGAGUACUACAGCGGCUUUGACAACAUUGGCCACAACCCCCUCAAUGAUCUCAUCCUCCUCUGGAUCAUCCCCAACGGUGCUUGGCUCGUUGGCCCGACUUACAUGAUCUGGUCUAUUGGCGGUGACCUCAUCAACAGCCUCAAUUCCACCUCACGCUCAAAGAGAGACUAAACGGACUCAUUAAACGCGAUUGGGUGAGAUUUUUUUUAUUUACUGCGUUUAGGACACGAGCAGUCUAAAAAUA